CUGCACAAUUCUAACUUCUCCGGGAAAGCUUUCACAGGCGUGAGCGGCCACCGGGACGUGCAGACACCAGCCGUAUCAGCAGUGUGGACGGCUGCGUGCCGUGACCCCACAUCCAGGCUGAGUGGGCUGGCGCUCGCCCUGUGCCUCGGAGCGCUUAUCGGCGCCACGGCAGUGGGCAACGCGCUCGUUUGCCUCUCCGUAUGUCUCGUCCGCCGGCUGCGACACCCGUCCAACCACCUCCUCGUGUCCUUGGCCGUCUCCGACCUCUGCGUGGCCCUGCUGGUCAUGCCUCCCGCCCUGCACCUCGAGCUCACCGGUCACCGCUGGGACCUCGGUCCGACGGCCUGCGACGCUUGGGUGUCCGUGGACGUUGCCUCCUGCACCGCCUCCAUCCUCAACCUGUGCAUGAUAUCCGUGGACCGCUACCUGGCCAUCACGCGACCCUUGACCUACGGCGUCCGGCGCACGGCGCGAAGGGCCUGGGCCUGCAUCGGCGCCGUCUGGCUUCUCGCCGGGCUCAUCAGCGUGCCGCCCCUUCUGGUACUCGGCAACGAGCACGGCACUCCCGACAUGCCAACCUGCCUCGUCUGCCAGCACCUGGCCUACCAGCUGUACGCCACGCUUGGAGCUUUUUACAUACCCUUGGUGGUCAUGCUCGCCAUGUACUGGAGGAUCCACCGAGCCGCCAAGAAGGUCGUCGAAGCCGAGCACAGGGCGAGGCCGGGACCCCGUACGAGGAGCCUGAGGGUCGCCGUGAGGGAGCGCAAGGCUUCCAUAACUCUGGGAAUAAUUCUGACUGCCUUCACGGCCUGCUGGCUUCCCUUCUUCGCCAUCGCUCUAGUGCGACCGUUGGGAGGCCAACCUCUGCCGGACUGGGCGCACAGCUUCGCGCUCUGGUUGGGCUACGCCAACUCGGCGCUGAAUCCGGUCAUCUACGUCACCUUCCACCACGACUUCCGGCGGGCAUUCCGGGAUUUGCUUUGCCUGCGAUGCGACGGGCGGGAAGGUGGAAGCAGCGCAGUUGAGAUUGGAAGCGGAAACGGGGAAGGAGGAAAACUCCUCGGCAUAAAGAACAAAAGUAAUCGAACCUGGACCUGACCGCGGUGGUCGUCGCCGACAGGACUCCACUCCUACAAAGGCGACGUGGGCGGGAAACCCAAGAAAGAGAAUGGAGAGAGAUCGCGCCCCAAAGAACAGCGCCGUCAAAGUCAAGCAACAUGUGACUCAACUGCGACGCCCACCACUCCUCCGUUUCAUUGACCUACCGCCUCAUCGCACACCAGUGAAAUGAACAAUUCACCCACCAAUCGCAACAAAAAUUAACUGUUUCGUGUCCGGCUGGUUGAAAAACAGCGCGGAGUCCUCCAAGUGCACCUUUGACAUCCGCCUACCAAAGCGUUGGCGAAGGCUUCUUUCCCAUGCGACAGGGCCAGCCGCGUGACAGAUGGGUUGGGGAAACGAUGGGCUCCGUUUCCGCAGGCACUCCGUCUAUCUUAAUUGAGAGACAUAGUGCAACUUGUGUUGUUUAAGCCUAACGCUUUAGGGCACGAUACCGAACAUGCACUUCAAGGCAGUGCCAUAGCAACUACGCCAGAAUGUGCGUCUUUAUUAAGAUUUCUGGUGAACCAGACGAUAACUUUCUUUGCAGCUUUUACUUCGAACAUCCUAAAAAAUAUGUUUACUGACUAUACACGGCACAAGUGAGCAAGAAUACCGAAAUAAUCUACAUAAAUAAACUGCAUAAAAAUAUCCUAAAAGAAGGUAUAACCAGAUGUUUUAGUAAGGGCUCUCGUGGUGAAAUUUAAACUUUCAGUAGUUCUAUUUUAAUACGAUUUCGACAAUAUUACUUUCGUGUGUAAUCAUUAUAAGUAUGUUUGCGCAAGUGGCCCAUGAUGAUUCCCUACGAUUCAAACUUUUGUCAAACCUUACUUGACGCCUUCAAAUUGCAUUAAUUUUAAUCGCAUAGUUAGCGAUGUUAUACAUACGGUAUAGUUCUUGCUCCGAAGAAGGGAAGUCCGUUGGUGAAAAAGCUGGCGCCAGCAAGAAGCUUCCCUUGUCCACCCCACUUCCGAUUUUGCACAUGUAUAUGUAUAUUUCGAGUGUCAAUUCAGCUGUCAUAUUUUUUUCUACCUAUCGCAUGUAAAUAUUGUCAAUAUAAGCUACCACUGAAAAUAUCACCAGAAAUACAAUGACGUCACAACGACAA